AUGGGCAUCCAUGCUGUUAGCGUCAUGCUAGAGGCUCUCAAUAGAGAUGCCCAACAUGCUACUAUCGCCAAGUUCAUUCAAAAUGAACUUGACGCAGAACGCGAGAAAGUAGCCUUGCUUCACCAACAAGGUUCUCAACAAGCAGAGUUGUUGAGAGAACAGGGUGCUCAACAGUUUGAACUGUUGAGACAUCAGCAGGCUGCUGCUGGUGGGUCGACGCGAAUGCAUCGACCCGAAACCUUGAAGAUUGACAUCUCCAAGUAUAGGGGAGUCCAAGAGGACUCCCUCUUGAGAUGGUUCGUCGAAUUGGAUGACGCCAUAAGGGCGCGUCGCAUCGACGACGGGGAUAUGCAAGUUGCAUUUGCCCAAUCAAAUCUGGCAGGACGUGCCAAGACUUGGGCACUGGGGCUCAAGUUGCACGACCCAUAUGCGUUUGGGUCGUUGGAAGUCUUCAAGUCGCGGCUCAGACAAACGUUUGAACCGCCUAGAGCUGAGUUCAGAGCUCGAACCGAACUCUUGAAGCUCAAGCAGGGUAAGCGUGAUGUACACGCUUACGCUCAACAUAUACGACAUCUCACGAGUUGUAUAAGUUCCAAUCCGGUGGAUGAACACACGUUGGUUUCGGUGUUCAUGCAGGGUCUUGCGGAUGGUCCCGUCAAGACUCACCUGUUCCGGCUUGAACUAGAUUCACUAGAACAAGCCAUUUCCAUUGCGGAGCAGGAAGACUUCAGUCUGAGACAGGCUCGCGCCAGCUCGACAUCAUAUCGUCAACCGAGACGAUAUGACAACGGAGGUCCAGAGCCGAUGGAACUAUGUUAUGUAGAGAGCGAGAAGGCUCGCUCUACAGGCUCAAGAAGUUGCAGAGAUGCAACAGAUGUCAAAAGACACGACACUACGCUUGCGAGUGUAGUGCUCCUCGUCCAGUGUCUCGCGACACUGGGCGUAGUGACCGUCCACCCAUGA